GUUCACCGGAAGCUGUUGGCUGCUGCCGGGAGGGCAAGCAAGACUAAACAUUGAGUAUAAACGUAUAGUUUACACACACGACGCAUAUCUUAAUGAAAAGAGAGAUUGUUUUGGUUCCUGUCUGACGGACAUGGUGAAGUGAUGUCUUCGUUACCUUGAAACAAGCGCUUAAAGCUCGAUUUUAAACCCGGAAGUGGAGCCGUACAGCUGGUGUUAGCCUAGCCGAUAACACUCUUCGUGAUAUUAAAAGACACAUUAAAUGAGCGACUGAAUGUUAAAUCUCUGAUAUUAGACUCGUUUAGAUGAUUGAAGUCGCGGAUUUACCAUGACAGAAAUGUCAGUACUGGAACGCGUCGUUUAGAGGGCUGUGAGUUUGAUAUGAUGUGAGAUCAAUGUGAUGUACAGACACCUGACGAAUCUGAUGCCUUUCAUCUGAUCAAUUGAACGAACCAGUCACUCUAUCCUCACUGCUUUAUUCAGGAGUCUGCAGACAUCAUGAGUGGUAAAUAUGGGCUGGUGAAUUACAGCUCAAGGAAGCACAUCUCCAUCACUGUGCCUUCAUCCACGGAGGUGAUGUCUCCUCAUAUCAAAUCAGUAGAGGAACUCCGAGUCCUGGGCAUCAACCUGAGCAACUUUAACCCACCUACACAGUUCUUCAUCUGUGUCGCUGGCAUCUUCUUCUUUUACCUUGUCUAUGGCUACCUUCAGGAGCUCAUAUUCUCCGUGGAAGGUUUUAAACCUUUUGGUUGGUAUCUGACUCUAGUCCAGUUUGGUUUUUAUUCUUUGUUCGGUCUGGUGGAGUUACAGCUUACUCAGGAUAAAAGAAGAAGGAUACCAUGCAAAACGUACAUGAUCAUCGCAUUUUUAACUGUUGGGACAAUGGGCCUUUCCAACACUUCCCUGGGUUACUUGAACUAUCCUACACAAGUCAUCUUUAAGUGCUGCAAACUCAUUCCUGUCAUGAUCGGGGGAGUUUUUAUACAAGGGAAGCGCUACAAUCUUGCAGAUGUUUCCGCUGCUCUCUGCAUGAGUCUGGGUCUGAUCUGGUUCACACUGGCAGACAGUAAAGUUGCACCAAACUUCAAUGUAACAGGAGUAAUUCUCAUAUUUAUGGCCCUCUGUGCGGAUGCGGCUAUUGGAAACGUGCAGGAAAAAGCCAUGAAAAUUCAUAAUGGAAGCAAUUCGGAGAUGGUUUUAUAUUCUUAUUCCAUUGGUUUUGUGUAUAUUCUACUGGGUCUGCUGUGUGUUGGGGGCCUUGGGCCUGCAGUUUCCUUCUGCUCUCAGCAUCCAGUGACCACUUAUGGCUACGCAUUCUUCUUUUCUCUGACGGGAUUUUUUGGCAUCUCAUUUGUACUAGCCCUAAUAAAGCUGUUUGGAGCACUUGUUGCCGUCACAGUGACUACGGGAAGGAAAGCCAUGACCAUUGUACUGUCAUUUCUGUUCUUUUCAAAACCUUUCACUUUUCAGUAUGUAUGGGCUGGUCUACUUGUGGUUUUUGGCAUCUUCUUAAAUGUCUACAGUAAAAACAAAGACAAAAUGAAGCUUCCUUCAUUAGCAGAGUUCAGGAAACGAGUGCUUGGCGGGCGGAAAGUUCGUCUGCUGUCUCAAAAUGUUUAGCAGGAGGAACAUCAAAAGCUGUACGAUAAGCUUUUUCUGCAUCCAAGAUCAAGUGACAUGUGGGUGCGGUUAGUAACCCGGGAAUGGGAAGACGUCCGCACACAUGGAACAUGGGGACCUGUUUGAAUCAAUGGACCUGUAUUGGUGGAAACUGAAGAUGAACAUUUAUUUUUAACUAAUACAGUCUGAAUGAAUGAAUGAGCCUUAUUGAGCCAGUAAUGUUUUCAAUCAAAUCUUUUCACCUGCCAUCAAGUGAUGGCAACAGUACACAUGACAGGACUGUUAUUUUUUUUCAAUUGCAUUGCGAAUGUACAUGGAAAAGAAAUAGUAGAUUCUGUUUAAAGGGCUGACAUUCGAAAGUGGAUAAACUUAUCUGCUGCCAUUUUGCUAACUGUUUGUUUGGUGAAAGGGUGACUGUUUUUAUAUUAAAAACAAACUGGGAGGUUGAUUCAGACAGUAUGAAGUGUUUUCAUGAAUAAUGGUGCCUCUUAUCCACUGGCUCCAGCAUGGAGAGUUGAAAGACUGCCAAGCACUUCCUCAGAUGUGUCGCCCUGUGAUCGCCCAGGGCUUGUUUGAUUAGUAAUCCUGGAAUAAGAUAGCACUAGAAAGAAAACAAACAUUGUGCACAGGGCUUGGCUUUAGACCUAAUUUGGAUGAGCAGAGUGUCACGUUUGUGUGUGUGUGUGUGUGUGCUCUCGUGUGUACGGGCCAAGUGUGGGACAUUUUGGAAGCCUCAGGGAAAUGAUUAUUGUGCAUUUGUUGCCACCCUCUCCCUUUCGAUAGACUGCCAGCUAGAAAACACAGCUUUACCACAGAUAACAAUAAAUGACUUGCUGCUG